AUGAGAAUAUCAGCCCCUAAUGAGCCCUUAAAGGAUGAUAACAUGAAGAAAUAUUUUCAGUCAGCUGUGAUGGCAUUUGGAAAAUUGUUAUGCAUGGCUGGUGAAGGCUAUUUGAAGGCUCUCUCAACGCUUAAUGUGUUUGUAGACGUGAAUUUAUGUGUGGUGAUGUGGGAUCUGGAGCUAGAUGCACUACAUGCGGAGUUGUUCCAGAAGGAUCUUAGAUGGACCCCUACACCCAAGAGAGCAGCCAAGUCCAGCUACUCUCUAUGUAUGAUCCAUACUAAAUCUGAUCAACUGUCCAUCACACCUCUUCUACGUUCUGGGCAGCCAAUCUUUACCAUAGUUGUCUUUUGUACCAUGUUUCGAUCAUCAUCUCCAUUACCUAGGAAAAGUGAGCGAUCAGUACAACUCCAACAUCAAUGA